AUGUGCUACUAUGGCAGCUACUCUGGUGGCCUGGGCUAUGGAUACGGUGGUCUAGGCUGUGGCUAUGGCUGUGGCUAUGGCUAUGGUGGCUAUGGUGGCUAUGGUGGUUAUGGUGGCUAUGGUGGCUAUGGCUAUGGCUGUUGCCACCCCCUGUGCUGUAGAAGAUACUGGUCUUAUGGCUUCUACUGA